AUGUUCCAUGUGAUAGCUGAAGAAGGCCUCGGCAAUGUUUUGGAUCGAAUUUGGAAUGCUACCCGUCAAAAAGAGCUAGAGCACAUACUGAAACUCAAAAACAACGACGGGGAGUUGUGUUUACACAGCGCCGUCAAGAACCUCCGAGGAAUUGAAGCUGAAAAAAUAAUGAUUCAGCUAUUUGAUAUGGGAGCAGAUUUGGACGCACAAGAUGACACUGGAGACACUGUUCUGCACAUAGCAGUGAAACAACAAGACUACCAGCUGGUGAAGUGGCUGCUCUCAUUGCGUAUUGACAUAAAUAUAAAAUAUAAGAGUGAAUUGACCGCAUAUCAGCUAGCCGAAGAGAAGAAAGAUUACAAAAUGACAACAAUGAUUUUAUCAAAAAAAGGAAGUUUUGAUGAGUGGUUGGUAAAGAAUUUCAAGUCCAUCGCUUUUUUGUAA